CAGCUAAAUUUAUGGUUUCCAGAUUCAAUGAAGGAAACUAUACAUUGACGAAGUUUGUUAAGCUGAAGCUAGGCCCCAAUCGUUAGCGCUGAAACGUGUUAUUCAAUCACGUUAGUGCGUGUAAAGAUGUCGUCCUCCAAGAGUUGUCUCGUUCUUUGCGUUGUGUUGUCGAUGUUGCUGAGCGUUGCUCAUCUUCAAGAUGUUGACGAGUCGGAGGUUGAUGAGAAUGAGGAUGACUCCGCCGAGGUUGACGUCAAACCCAAGUAUCUCACAAAGGAUGAAUUCAACAUGUUGGUCGAAUCAGGAGACCGCUUUGUCGUGAAUUUCGUGAGCCCUGGAUGUAUUAAGUGCAAUGAGUUUGCCCCUGAAUAUGAAGAAGUGGCUCUGCAUUUUGCUACCGAGAGAGCAGAUAUGAACAUCAAAGUGUUUAUAGAAGGUGACCUACAAACCAUUAGGAAGCAAGGGCUGCGAAGGCUUCCAUCUCUUUACUAUGUCAGAGACAAAACACCCCUCCUUUACACUGGUGAAAUGGAUGCUCAGUCCAUUAUUCACUUUGUGGAGGUUACAGGAAGAAGGAUCCAUAUACCACUGUCAGAUGAUGACUUUGAAAGGAGAACUCAAGUCUCUACUGGUGCAACCACAGGAGACUGGUUUGUCCUCUUUUGUGAUGUGGAGCAUGUUGACUGCUCUGUUCUUCUGCCAAUGUGGGAGAAUAUUGCUUAUAGGUUACAUUCCCUGAUCAAUGUUGCAGUAGUGGAUAUUCCCAAGAACCCUAAAACUGCCAAGCGAUUCCAGCUAUCUGGGUCUCCUGCGAUGCAUCUAUUUAGGAAAGGGAAGCAGUACGUCUACACCCUUCAAAUGCGGGAUGAUUCAACCGUUGUUCAAUUUGCACAGAAUGGCUACAAGCGGUUUCCUGGCGUCGAUGUACUGCCAGAGCAAUCACCAUUUGAUACUCUGACAGAGAAUAUUGCAGAUCAGCUUAAGGAAGUUCUCCCUGAGUCACAUUCUUCCAAGCUGAUUGUCAUCGGCCUUCCUGUGGUCGUCGUCCUUCUCAUCAUCGUCUUCAUCUCGAGACGUCGAGCAUCUGAUAUCCUUCCUGGAAGAACAAAGAAAGGAGUUUGAUUUUUUUUCCAUUUCACUUUUUUUCUUCUUUCGUUUAGAUGUAUAGCAUGUGGUAUUUAUUGUACUAUCAUUCCUAGGUAUUUGUAGAAUUCAGUAUUGUAGGCUGACGUACCGUGUGUGCAAAAUAUUUGCUGUAAACAACUAUUAUUUUACAGACACAAAUUAUGACAUAUGACUUUAAGUAACCAUAGUAACAUUUAACAUUACUGCUACCCAUAUUGGAUAUAACACUGAGAGAAUAUGUGCCAAGCAUAGUGGGGUUUAUAUUUUAGAAUAUUUCAGUGAAUGUAUCACAGUCUAUAAACUAAAAAAAAUAGGUUAUAUCUUUAGUAGGAUCAAUUCUAGUAGACACUUUUAUUCAUUAUUUUUUGGUGUAGUAUUACAUGUGAUCUUUAUCAUCUCUUUAUGAUCGCUUUUUCUGUUGAUUUCUUUAGUCUUCCACUACCAGAUAUUCGGUAUAAAAAUGCACAAUGUCUAGGUUGUGUAGUUAUGGUUGAUGUUAACAUCUAAUAUGAAAAUAAUUUCUGCUUUUUCAAUUUAUUUAACAAAAGGGCUGUUACAUUGGGGUAUACAUAUAUAUCCAGAGGCCAUUUAUUAUGCUGUUUCUCUUCUUACUUUUUUUGCUGAUUACAUACUUUGAUAUGCUUUAAUGCAUAUGCAUAGAUGUAAUAAUUCUAUUUGAAGUGCCUUAUUCAUGCCUUAAUCAGUACAUGUAUUCUGAAUUUUGUUUCGAAUCUAGAUUCUGAACAUUUUCUUUGUUACAGAAUUUGAUAAAAGUUACAAAAUACUGCAAA